GGACAAAAGGUUUAUUGAAGCAUUCACAUUUACAGCCUCUAUUUGACAAAAUACUGUAUGCCUAUGUGCGUUCAACUCACAUCAUAAUAAUAAAAUUGAACUUUAAAAAUAUUUUUAUUGCAGUAAGGUAUAUAAAACACGAAUUCGACAUUUUAACUAUUUCUAUGCAUACAAGUGAGUAGUAUUAAUUGCAUUCACAAUGUUGAGCGACCAUCAUCAAUUUUUUUAAAGGACGUUUAUAUCCACUCAUCCAUCAAUGUAGUAGGCACUGUCCCAGGCGCUAGGGAUUCCAUGUAGAGCAAAAAACAUCACGGUCCAUGCCUUCACAUGGCCUUCAUGGAUCACCACGGGUGCUCUUUUUCCCCCGAGUCUUUAUGUACUUGGGAAAAGUGGCAGGGUUGAAAGGUGUAAUGGGUACACGGCAGAGGUCAGAGAGGCUCCCACCCAGCCCGGCGUCUGGAAGCACUUGGGGUAGUGGCCGCUCCUGGACCCCCUAUUCCGGGGUCGGCGGUGGGCAGGCAGGCCCUGGGCCCGGUGGAGGAGGCGGGACUGGAGGGGGCGGGGCCUGUGCGGGAGGCGGGAGGUGGGCGUGCCCGGGGCGGGGCUGUACCGGGCGCUCGGCGGAAGAGCCUUUGAUGGGGACGGCCUGGAAAGUGCCUGGGCCUGCGCUGGACGCCUCCCGGGCCCCGGCUUCUGUUUCCGCCGGCUCCAUGGCGGUGGCUGCCUGACUGGAAGCCCGAGUGGGAUGCGGCUGACGCGGAAGCGGCUCUGCUCAUUUCUCAUCGCCCUGUACUGCCUAUUCUCCCUCUACGCUGCCUACCACGUCUUCUUCGGGCGCCGCCGACAGGCGCCGGCGGGGUCCCCGCGGGGCCUCAGGAAGGGGGCGGUGGCCCCCGCGCGGGAGAGACGCGGCCGAGAACAGUUCACUUUGGAAAGUGAAGAAUGGAAUCCUUGGGAAGGAGAUGAAAAAAAUGAGCAACAAUACAGAUUUAAAACUAGCCUUCAAGUAUUAAAUAAAUCCACGAAAGGAAAAACAGACCUCAGUGUACAAAUCUGGGGCAAAGCUGCCAUUGGCUUGUAUCUCUGGGAGCACAUUUUUGAAGGCUUACUUGAUCCCAGCGAUGUGACUGCUCAAUGGAGAGAAGGAAAGUCAAUCGUAGGAAGAACACAAUACAGCUUCAUCACUGGUCCAGCUGUAAUACCGGGGUACUUCUCCGUUGAUGUGAAUAAUGUGGUACUCAUUUUAAAUGGAAGAGAAAAAGCAAAGAUCUUUUAUGCCACCCAGUGGUUACUUUAUGCACAAAAUUUAGUGCAAAUUCAAAAACUCCAGCAUCUUGCUGUUGUUUUGCUCGGAAAUGAACAUUGUAAUAAUGAGUGGAUAAACCCAUUCCUCAAAAGAAAUGGAGGCUUCGUGGAGCUGCUUUUCAUAAUAUAUGACAGCCCCUGGAUUAAUGACGUGGAUGUUUUUCAGUGGCCUUUAGGAGUAGCAACAUACAGGAAUUUUCCUGUGGUGGAGGCAAGUUGGUCAAUGCUGCAUGAUGAGAGGCCAUAUUUAUGUAAUUUCUUAGGAACGAUUUAUGAAAAUUCAUCCAGACAGGCACUAAUGAACAUUUUGAAAAAAGAUGGGAACGAUAAGCUUUGUUGGGUUUCAGCAAGAGAACACUGGCAGCCUCAGGAAACAAAUGAAAGUCUUAAGAAUUACCAAGAUGCCUUGCUUCAGAGUGAUCUCACAUUGUGCCCGGUCGGAGUAAACACAGAAUGCUAUCGAAUCUAUGAGGCUUGCUCCUAUGGCUCCAUUCCUGUGGUGGAAGACGUGAUGACAGCUGGCAGCUGUGGGAAUACAUCUGUGCACCACAAUGCUCCUCUGCAGUUACUCAAGUCCAUGGGCGCUCCCUUUAUCUUUAUCAAGAACUGGAAGGAACUCCCUGCUGUUUUAGAAAAAGAGAAAACUAUAAUUUUACAAGAAAAAAUUGAAAGAAGAAAAAUGUUACUUCAGUGGUAUCAGCACUUCAAGGCAGAGCUUAAAAUGAAAUUUACUAAUAUUUUAGAAAGUUCAUUUUUAAUGAAAAAUAAAAGUUAACUUAAUUUUUUGAGCUAA